AUUCCAAUGCUGCGCGAAUUUACGAGCGAUGACGACAAACAACAAGCAACACUUUUGCUUGGAAAUAGUCCACAUAUGCUGCCGAUUUGCAAUUUGAUUAAAGCAAUGAGAAGGUGUUCACCGGGGUUCAUUCGCCUGUUUGGAUAUCCGUCAUGCAGUCCCGUUUUCUGGUUCGGAGUUCUUCCGGAUUUGGGUUUUGAGUUAUUCGUCAAAUUAUUCAAACAACUAACAAAUAACACGUAUCCGUGGAAGUGUGCCUCAUAUCACCUCUUUCAUAUGAAGGAGGAACAACAAAAAAAUGUUAGCGAAAAGAAGUUGGAGUUGCCGUCGGAAUAUCGAUUCGACGACAUACAUCCAACUUCGGAUGCUAAGAUCAUCGAGGGAACCGACGAAAGACGUGUCGAAAUAAUGAGGAAAAUGUACGAAUGCCUACCGACUGUAGCUGUUCGUUCUGGGGACGUGCUGAAGGGUGUUGGAGCCUUCGCACUCUGCACAUUCUAUUUACCGUGGGGAAAGACGCUCUCAAAAGAGGUCAAAUCAAUCCUUGAAAUGCGAGUUUGGCAAGAAUGCGUCAGUUUCCGUUCGUAA